CGGUGUACGGUGUACGGUGUGCUGCGCUCUGCCGACCGAGGCAGCGAUGGUGCCGCCGGGCGACGCCGGUGGUUACUGCCCAGCGAACGUUUUAGUAUCCGAGUUUAGCUCAACGCCGCUGGUUUGGCUUUGGGUUUUGGGUUUUGGACACCGCCAAGCACACACACACACACACACACACACGGCUCGUUAAGCCGCCGAUGCCGCCGUACAAGUGCCUUUAAUUCAAUUCCCCCGAAAAGCCCACACCCGCCUGCAGCUGCAGCCGCCAUGUCGACUUAGGUGGAUUUUUUUUUAAAGCUAUUCGAGGAACAGCUUCCAAGUGCUAGCCAGGUGCCAAGCCAACAACGAAAGGAGUCAACAUAACACACCUGCCCAUCCAGCCUAGCGAGUCUCAGUUUCUUCCCCUCACAGAUCCUGGAAGGAUGUCACCCAAGGACGGCAGCCUGGGCGAUGCCAAGUUCGGCAAAUAUACGGUCAACCAUGCUCCGCCUACCCCAGCGACCACAGAGCCACUAGCCGCCAAUUCGGACCAGAAUCAGAAUCAGCAUCAGAGUCAGAUCCAGGUCCAGAACCAAAAUCUGGAGAAGAACAAGGCCCAGGCUGGCGCCAAGGAGAAGGAGAGCCCCGUAAUUAAGCGUACCUGGCGUGAGAAGAUCCGCCUGGUGGCCAACAACAUCACCGUAGAGCCCAUCCUGGCCGCCUACAUCAUGCCCAGCGUGCUCUCCAACCUGGCCACCCAGAACCUCAACCUGGAGAAGGCCUGUCGCGUCAACAUGGCCUACGGAGACGAAGUGUGCGAUGCCCUCACCCGCCGCCAGACUGCCAACUACACACUAGAGGAGGAAACCAUACAGCAGAUGGUGGCCAGGAUGGCCGCCUGGAAGACGGUGAUCCAGAGUCUGUUUCCCUGCCUGCUGAUCUUGUUCUGGGGCUCUUGGAGCGAUCGUCAUCGCCGGCGGAAGCCCUGCAUUCUCAUCCCAGUGGUGGGUGAGUUCCUGGGCGUGGUUGGCCUUAUGCUCUGCGUGUACUUUGAGCAGGCGCCCAUGGAGGCCGCCGCUCUGACGGAGGCCAUCUUUCCCUCGCUCAGCGGCGGCUGGUUCACCAUGCUGAUGGGCGUCUUCAGUUAUAUAGCGGACAUAACCACAGAGGAGGAGCGAACCCUAAGAAUUGGCAUACUCAAUGUGUGCUUCUCGGUGGGCGUGCCCAUUGGCAUGGCCUUCAGCGGAGUCCUGCUCAAGCAAAUUGGUUUCUAUGGCGUCUUCUCUAUAUCGGCUGCCUUCUAUGUGAUCGCCUUUGUGUAUGGCUUCUUCUUUUUGGAGGAGCCGGUGGCCAGGCCGGAGAAGAGUCCCGAACAGAAGAGCCUGCUGGCGGACUUCUUUGACAAGGAGCAUGUGGUGCAGACAUUCCGUGUGGCCUUCCAGCGGGGCGAGAAUCAGCGUCGCAAGCGUGUCAUCCUCCUGAUGAUCGUGGUGAUGGUGAUCAUUGGCCCGUUGCACGGCGAGAUGGCUGUGACGUACCUGUUCACCCGCUUCCGCUUCAACUGGUCGGAGGUGGAGUUCAGCUUCUUCUCCACCUAUGCCAUGUUCACUGGCCUCAUUGGGGUCAUCUUCUGUGUGGGCGUGCUCUCGCACAAGCUGAACAUUGACGAUGCCCUGGUGGGUGUGCUGUCCAGCACCUCGAAGAUCCUCUCCUCCUUUGUCUACGCCUUUGCCACGCUGCCCUGGCACAUGUAUCUGGGCGGUCUGGUGGAGAUCUUCAAUGGCACCGCCUUCAUAGCCAUGCGCUCGAUAGCCACCAAGCUGGUCUCCAAGGAUGAGCUGGGCAAGGUGAACUCCUUGUUUGGCGUGGCAGAGGCCCUCAUGCCCAUGGUCUUUGCCCCCAUGUAUACGACGCUAUAUGCGGCCACGCUGCGGGUUCUGCCGGGUGCCUUCUUCCUGCUGGGCGGCGGCCUGACCAUGUUCUCUGUGAUUAUAUUCCUGUGGAUGUACCGCUUCCAGGUGAGGCAGCGGGGGAAACUCUCGCGCACGGAUGCAGAGCGGGCCUCUGUCAAGGAUCCCAAUGGCAACAUCAAUGCCAUUGAAGCCUUGGCCUUGGCCAGCGAGGCCAAGGGCCAGAUGAACGGCAUUGUGGCCAAUGUGAUACACGAGUCCUUGGAGCAUGCCAGCGCCGAGCCGCAUCCGCCGGCUAGGUUGGAGCCUGUAGAUGUUGCCAAUACCGAAGGUGGCAUUGAGAAUCCCGGCUAUGUACAGGAGGAGGCCAAGGACAAAGCCUAGGUGGCCAGGAGCUGACCCUUAAACCCCUUGUACAUACACAUGAUCCGCGGGAUAAACGAAGCCAGAACAGGAUCUCUCUCUCUCUCUCUGACCUCCAUUAAUGUUGUUAGGAAAAUAUAACAAAAUUACAAAAUUAAGCAGAAAUUAUUUAGAGUUUGAAAUAGUUUGAAAUUGAAUGGUUUCCAUUAUCUUUUUGGUUUCCAGAAGAGAGAGAGCUAAUCCCCAGAUAGUGUCACAGCCCGAGUGCUUCUCCCGUUCCUGCCCCUGACUCCUCCACCUAACCAAUGUGUACAAUUACAAAUAUUAUCCUUUUCUUUUUUUUUUAUUUAGCCUUAAGACCUACAUGUAUUUUUUUGUUAUCUUAAUACGAAUUGUUAUUUUUAUAAUUACCCUUGGUCCUUUCCUUUCUCUUGUGUGUUUUUUUUUGUGCCUAGUCCUUAAGCAAUCCUUAGAAGUAUUGAAUAAAUGUGUAAAAUCGUC